UCGUUUCCCGACUAAUGGAAAUGAUAUUAAAGCAAUAAACCAUAUCAGAUAUAUUUUAGUCAAAAAAGAUUGUAUGUUGUACCAUUUUAUAGUCUCUCCGAAUACCAAAAAAUUCCUGGUGUUUUAAAAUUCCCAACCGCCCAUAUCGUAUCAUCAUCAUGGGCAGAAUAUGACAAUACAAUAUAAUACAUCAUAAAACUGCAUAUGAUAUAGCAGAAAACAACUGUUUUACUCAAUUUUCGUUAUUGUUGUUGUUGGUAUGUGAUGGUAAAAACACCUUUCUCCUCACCUAAUGGACCGAUCGGUUUCAAAUUUUCCGUGCGCUUACCUAAAAUUGAAUGAAGCCUUUGGGCGGAAAACACUUCGUUUUUGAAUUUUCUGUAAUUCUAUUUGAGAUUCAAUAUAUUUUCCAAAAUGCUGCCGUUUUUAAAUUCAUGGAAAUGCUUUUUUUAUAUAAAAUAUGAAAACACUUUGUUCGGCCUACUCGGUCGCCGAUAUUUUCACCAAACUCGGGGUCGGCUAGGGCUUAAGGCUCUACCACAAUGGUACAGAUGGGCGAGCAUUGCUAUCGUUUUUUUUUAGUUUAGACUGUGCGUUUGCGUCGGAUACUCGUAUUCUCGCGUAUUCUGAAAUGUUGUGGAGCAAGUAAUCGCUUUUACCACGCUAUUUCCGCUUCAAAAGAAAACAGGAAAUUACCAUAGAAUUGACUAAUUUUUGCAAAAAGGAAAACUUCCCCACGUGUUGAGUCAUUGUGUGAUAGAAUGCAAAAUUCACCAUAGAAAGGAUUUUCACUCUUUAUUGCGUGAAUGAAUGAUUUUAUAAGAACUUAUCUACAAGAAGGAGAGAAAGUGCUACAGCUCAAUCGAUUCACCAAUACCACCGUUAUGAAGAUAAAAGAAUAUUUCGUUUCCUUCGUUAUUCUCUCUGCGAUUUUAACAAAUGUCAAUUCAAAACAUCAUAGGCUCAAUGCACUUGCUGACUCGAGGUUAAAUGAGUGGGGUGUGCGUUGGAGUUCAUCACAAGGAUCCGAAAGAUCUCGAAUGAUUGAAGACGACGACCUACAACAAGCUUAUGAAGACUCGAUAUUGCUUCAGGAUCUUUUCAGUGACUACGAAUGAUAUUUGGAUUCGAAGAAACUUAAUUUAUUUUUAAUUUUUACGGGUCUCUGUUCAUCGAGAUAAUAUAUUUAAGCAGUUUUACACCAUAAAUAAAACGUAA